AUGGCGCCCUGCGACUCCCAGUCAUCCACUCAGCCCAAGCCAGUCGUUGAGAUCAAACUCGAGAUCAAGCGUCCCGAUGGCCAGGUCCAGAAUGACACACUUCGCCUGUACAGCAAUGACAGGAUGCGAAUUGGCCGUGACAAAGAUCACAAUGACUUUGUCAUCGACGCCCCCUUUGUGUCUCGCAAGCAACUUGAAUUCUAUACAGUUGUCUUCGACGAGGAACACUACCCCAUGGUCUAUGUCAGAGACCGCGAGUCCACUUCUGGAACCUAUGUCAACGACAGACUCAUCGGCGGCCGCGAAGACGGAGACUCGAAGAAUAAGGUUACCCCUGGAAGAAUUCUCCGCCAUAGCGACAUAGUCAGCAUUGGACCCGACGUGACUUUCGAAAUCGUCCACCCUUUCAUUCCGAGGCUGAAACUAAACACUGUUCAGGCCCAAGAAGUCCUCUCGUUUCACGACAAAUACGCUGUCACGAACUUUACAAUCGGAAGUGGCGCUUCGGCCCAAGUUCACCUCGCUAUUGACCAGGAAACGAGCGACUAUGUUGUCUGCAAGGUCUAUGAUCUGGAGUCACUGCGCCUGAGAGGUCGUGAGAGUGUCAUCCAGAGACUCGUUCAGGAGACACAUGUCAGAAGCCAGAUUGAGCAUCCAAACCUGGCGUCUUUCCGCGGUGCUUACAAGAGUCACUCGAAUCUAUAUGUCUUCGAGGAUCUAGCCACCGGUGGAGACUUGUUCACGCUUACGGAGCGCGGCCGCUCUACUCUGAGCGAGGUUGAGGUACGAUGGUUGAUCCGCCAAGUCAUGACUGGCGCUGGCUACAUGCACACCAAGGGACUCGUGCACCGGGACCUGAAGCUCGAGAACGUUCUCUGUGCCAUCAGCCCACAGGCUUCGCACCGAAUUGUCAUCACAGAUUUCGGCCACACCUGUUUGGUUGGCGAUAGAAGCACGACUAGUAAUGUUGGCACUCCAGGCUGGCAAGCUCCGGAGAUAAUCAGCCCGAACUGCCACGCGGGCCCACCUGCCGACAUCUGGAGCAUCGGCGUCCUGGCCAUCUACCUCCUCUGCGGAAGCACGAAGUGCGAAUCGGUUGACCUCCUGGAGGCCUUCGCAGAGAACUACGCGCUCUUCCCGCAGCGCAACAUCAACGAGCCAACCAACGAGCUUGGAAAAGUCUUCGACGAGGUUGCCAUGAUCCGUUCCAAUGUCACCAUCUCCAAAGCCGGGAAGGGCUUCAUCCGCCGCUGCUUCCAGGCCAGGCCGGAGAGGAGGCUCACCGCCGCAGCGGCCCUCAAGCACCCGUGGCUGUGCGGCUCUGACGAAGAGACGGAGGCUUUCAAGAAGCUCGAGAAGGACACGACUCACUGGUGGGAGCCUCGGACCGUCACCCCAAAGGCCUGCGAGGACCUGAACGAGACGGUUGCCAACAAGCCUGAGGACGGAGCUCUGGACCAGUUGGUGUCACCUUUCUUCCCUUGCAAGCUAGUGGUUUGA